GGCUGCAUAUCGCUGCUGUAUCCUCUGCUUGGCGCUCUCUAGCCCCUCUCCAACCCUCUCAAGUACCUCACCUUAUAGCCCAUGCUUGGGCUCCCCCCUCCUCACUGGAUCCGUACCCUUCGAUAUGGAUGUCCCGCUGUCCCUCGACCCGGAGGAUUGUUGUUUCUUGGCGCAGUGAAGGAGGACAAGGGGAAGGGGAAGGAAUCAUGCCGGGACUGCUAAUGGAUUUAGGGAAAGCGCAAGUGACCAUGCCGUGAUCUUGCGCAUCCAGGGCCGCCGUCACCCUGCCUUGCCCAACGACCGUAGAAGAAUUACGGGGGAAUCGAACCCGUGCACCGGGUGGAUUAAACCACUGUGCAUUUUUUUAUAAACAACAUGAAGAUUACCUCCCAUCAUCUGAUGAUAACCAGUCUCGUUUUCAGGUCCAACCUCAGGCUGAUCCCGCUUCUGCUGCUGUUUCUUGGUUACUCUCGCGGGAUGCCACACGUUUUAAGAUUUGGAGGAAUAUUUGAAUCCAUUGAGAGCGGCCCCUCUGGAGCAGAGGAACUAGCCUUUAAAUUUGCCUUGAACACAAUCAACAGGAACCGCACCUUGCUCCCCAACACCACGCUGACCUAUGACAUCCAGAGAAUAAACAUCUUCGACAGCUUUGAGGCCUCCAGGAAAGCAUGUGAUCAGCUUUCCCUCGGGGUGGCGGCCAUUUUUGGCCCCUCACACAGCUCGUCAGCCAAUGCGGUCCAGUCGAUCUGCAACGCUUUGGGAGUGCCCCACAUCCAGACCAAGUGGAAGCACCAAGUGUCAGACAACAGGGACUCGUACUAUGUUAGCCUGUACCCCGACUUCUCCUCCCUCAGUAGAGCCAUCCUCGAUCUGGUGCACUUCUUCAAAUGGAGAACCGUCACGGUGGUGUACGACGACAGCACAGGUCUCAUUCGACUGCAGGAGCUGAUAAAGGCACCGUCACGAUAUAACAUUCGUUUGAAGAUCCGACAGCUGCCCACAGAGACCAAGGACGCCAAGCCACUUCUGAAGGAGAUGAAGAAGGCAAAGGAGUUCCAUGUCAUCUUUGAUUGUGGACAUGAGAUGGCUGCCUGGAUCCUAAAACAGGCCCUGGCCAUGGGUAUGAUGACAGAGUACUACCAUUAUAUUUUUACUACCCUGGACCUUUUUGCCCUCGACAUGGAACCGUAUCGCUAUAGUGGAGUCAACAUGACGGGGUUCCGCAUUCUCAACACAGAAAAUUCUCAGGUGUCGUCAAUCAUCGAGAAGUGGUCAAUGGAGCGGCUACAAGCCCCACCCAAACCGGACUCGGGCCUGCUGGAUGGAUUCAUGACGACGGAUGCAGCGCUGAUGUACGACGCCGUGCACGUGGUGGCGGUGGCGGUGCAGCAAUCGCAGCAGAUCACCGUCAGCUCUCUGCAGUGUAAUCGCCACAAGCCGUGGCGCUUCGGGGGGCGUUUCAUCAGCCUCAUCAAAGAGGCUCACUGGGAUGGAUUGACAGGACGUGUUCUCUUCAAUAAGACCAAUGGACUGAGGACCGAUUUCGACCUGGACGUCAUCAGUCUGAAGGAGGAGGGGCUGGAAAAGAUUGGAACAUGGGAUCCUCCCAGCGGUCUGAAUAUGACAGAGACUCACAAAAGCAAGACAUCCAACAUCACAGACUCUCUGGCUAACAAAUCCCUACGUGUUUCCACCAUACUGGAGGAGCCAUAUGUGAUGUUUAAGAAAUCGGACAAACCUCUGUAUGGGAAUGAUCGUUUCGAGGGCUACUGCAUCGACCUGCUGAGGGAGCUUUCUGGCAUCCUGGGCUUUCGCUAUGAGCUGCGAUUAGUGGAGGAUGGGAAGUAUGGCGCACUGGAUGAGAGCACAGGCCAGUGGAACGGGAUGGUGCGGGAGCUCAUGGACCAUAAAGCAGACCUGGCGGUGGCUCCUCUGGCCAUCACCUAUGUCAGAGAGAAGGUCAUCGACUUCUCAAAGCCCUAUAUGACGCUGGGGAUAAGUAUCCUGUACCGCAAGCCCAAUGGCACCAACCCCGGGGUCUUCUCCUUCCUUAACCCCCUCUCGCCCGAUAUCUGGAUGUAUAUUCUGCUGGCUUGCUUGGGUGUCAGUUGUGUGCUGUUUGUCAUAGCCAGGUUUAGCCCUUAUGAGUGGUACAACCCGCAUCCAUGCAACCCAGACUCGGAUGUAGUGGAAAACAAUUUUACACUGCUCAAUAGUUUCUGGUUUGGAGUUGGGGCUCUCAUGCAGCAAGGCUCAGAGCUCAUGCCCAAGGCCCUGUCAACUCGAAUAGUGGGAGGCAUCUGGUGGUUCUUCACCCUCAUCAUCAUUUCCUCAUAUACAGCCAACUUGGCUGCCUUCCUCACUGUGGAAAGGAUGGAGUCGCCCAUAGACUCUGCCGAUGACCUGGCCAAGCAGACUAAAAUCCUGUACGGGGUGGUGGAGGAUGGCGCCACCAUGACCUUCUUCAAGAAAACAAAAAUCUCCACAUAUGACAAGAUGUGGGAAUUCAUGAACAGCAGAAGGCAAUCUGUAAUGGUCAAGAACGUGGAGGAGGGCAUCGAGCGCGUCUUGACCUCGGACUAUGCCUUCCUCAUGGAGUCAACCACCAUCGAGUUUGUCACCCAGCGCAACUGUAACCUCACGCAGAUCGGAGGCCUCAUAGAUUCCAAAGCCUACGGAGUGGGAACACCUAUGGGCUCUCCGUACAGAGACAAGAUCACAAUAGCCAUUCUGCAGCUGCAGGAGGAAGGGAAGCUCCACAUGAUGAAGGAGAAGUGGUGGAGAGGAAAUGGCUGUCCCGAGGAGGAAAGCAAAGAGGCUAGCGCUCUGGGAGUGCAGAACAUCGGUGGGAUCUUCAUCGUGCUGGCUGCAGGACUGGUGCUGUCAGUGUUUGUCGCUGUAGGGGAGGUCAUUUAUAAGUCUAAACAGAACGCCCAGCUUGAGAAGCGUUCAUUCUGCAGUGCCAUGAUGGACGAGCUGCGUGUGUCUCUGAAGUGCCAACGCCGUCUCAAACAGAAGCCUCAGCCGCCCGUCAUCGUAAAGACAGAAGAGGUCAUUAACAUGCACACGUUCAACGACCGGAGACUCCCAGGAAAGGAAACCAUGGCAUGAACGCUGAGCAUACCCCCAAACACACCCCUCAAAUAAAACCAAGGAGGGGCGACGGGGGGUCAGAUUAGUGCUGACUUAACCACAGACUGAGGUUAGCAGUCAAAACAGGAUUCUUUUGAACCCACUUGCUUAUGUAGACAGAUGUUUCCUGUGGAAAUAUAGAUACCUGAGCAGUGUCACCUCACUGUGAAGUUCACUUUUUGAAGGGAGCUGGAAAAAAAGGACUCAAAAGUAUGUAAAUUGAAAGAGGAUCCAAGCAGGUUUGGGACAAAACAUAACACACACACACACACAUACACAUAAAACAUAUAGGCACACACACACACACACACACACACUCCUAUCUGACACCUGUGCAGAAGGGAAAACUCUAUUGUGACAGUAACACCAGAUGUAGUUUUUCUGUUGAUGUCAAUGCCCUUUUGUCUUACCUCCAUGUGUGUGUGACCCCAUCGAUCCCUCCCUUCAGUGGCUUGAGUUUCUUUCAAAUGAUUUGAACAAACACUAAUCUCACACCAACAAAGGGAACGGUAGUCAGUGCCAAAUGGUUUACUAUGAACUGAUGUAUAAAAGUGAUAUUUAGUUUGGGAUCAUCUAUGCUGACCUUGUCAAAUACUCAUCGUUUUCUUCUGUAAUGCCUUUCUCGUGCCAAAGUUCUGCCACUGUAAAGAACUUUCUACCAUGCCUAUUAUGUUCAAAGCCUCUACAAGCAAUGUAUACUGUCAAAGUCCUUAUUCAUGUCUGUCCUUACAUGCGGUUGCAGUUUUCACUCUGUAUCAGUUGUUGUUUAAAAUGCAGGAUUUCUACAAAAAUGUUUGUUUUUGUACAAGAACAAGAAGUUUUGUAGUACUUUGUAUCAUGGUAGCCCCUCCUGUGGACAAAAUAUGUAGCAGAUACCAACUCAGCCCACAAACUCUGUCAACUAUGGGGCUUCAAACUCUGCUGUGUAGGGUUCAUUUCUCUCAUCAAUCAGAGAUUCAGUCUUUUGUCUGUCAGUAUCGUGGGGCCAGCUGUAAAUACUGUCUGGGGACAAUGUGGUGGUUUUUGGUCGGUAAGAACAAUGAAAAAAAAACUGGUUCUUAGAGUAGGAAACGUGCUGACUCAUUCUAGAAAUUGGGACUCCGCUUCUGUCAACAAAGUGCUACUGACAACAAGUGUGAUUAACUAUCAGUAGCUAUGAUGAGUCACCAUGAAAGACAUAGUAAAACAUGCAAAUUGCUUGUUGCUUGCGUUAAAGAUAAACAUAACUGUAGUUGCCAGGCUGCAAUUCUGUUUCCAGACUACAUUUUAGCCCUAGUAGACUGCAAAAACAAAAAAAAAGUCCUAAAACUUUUCAUAGCAUUGAUCACUUCUGUUUUUACAAAAAUGACCCUUUGAAAACUCUAUAGCAGACAAAAAAUGUAGAUCUUCGCAUUGGAGACAGGCAGUUAAAAUGUAUAAUUGGCUUUGAAGAAAACAAUAUCAACACAAGGUCAGUUUAGUAGCUGUUCUGGUGCUUUUGAUCGUAUCACAUAAUCUUUGUCAGCAAAUUAAAUAUGCCCAGUUGCAGUGUCAACUUGUCAUUGUCAACUUUUAAGCCGACAUGUAUGAGAACUCCUUAAAGUGCUCCGGAAAAAUGUAACAACUACCAUUCCAACUGGGCAAUUCUAUCUGCUCAGGAAGAUCAUGUGGUAUGAUCGAAAGCUCCAGAACAACUACUAAGUGAGACUGUGCAGAGACUACUUUUGGGCGACUUGUGGAUGUAUGUAACAGUGCAGCUGCAGUGCAUUUGACGCGGGAAUAAUCAGCAGCUUUCAGGCACUUACUGUAUAGCUGUUUUCUCGUAUGAUCUCCAGACAAUGUCCUGAGUUGGACUUUCGGACAUUACAUGGACUUUGUACUAGAGAGCUGGCUGGGUAAAGUCUGUUUAAUAUCUGGUCCAACUGAUUGGGACAUUUGCGUUCUCACAUACGUGUGUGUAUGUCUCACCUUUGCUCCUGUGCCAGGUGUUGCUCCACUCAUGUUGCGUCAAGCAGACGGAGCAAAUCAUUUAUCCGCUAAUUGUCUCCAGAUGUGUUUUCUCUUCACAAAGUGACACAAUCACAUUUGGCCCCACGACACUUCUUGUCUGUUGACUCUGUUCCAUGUUGUGAAAUGACAAGCAUACUUGGUAGGUUUCUUCUUCACUGCCCUUGUUUUGCUAAACUAUCCGAGUUAGUCAUUUGACCUGUUAUUCCAGGGAUUUCAGAGACAAAAAACAAACACCCACAACACAUGGGUCAACGCUAGUGAUGAUAUCUCUGCUGUACAUGAGUGGAUAUAGUUAAUGACUUAUUUAAAACAACCACAUUUACACAUUAUGAAAGUUGACAGGGAAGACAUUAUCCUGAAACUCAUUGGCGUUCUACCAGUGUUGCUUGUCAUUUUACGCAGCUAAAUCUAGUGGUGUGAGUUGAAGUGAUUGAAUACCUGGAAACAUUUAUUAGAAGCGACUCCAAAGGCUUUGCUGUCCUGUCGAAAACAAAUAUGAGCUCAUGGAAUUUGACAUUGA